UUCAGGAGCGCUCGUUGCUGCUAAACUUUACAAGAAAAUAACCGAUUCCUUAAGGUUAGCGUUCACUAAAGUUUACUUCUGGUGUGACUCGACUAUAGUAAUUUCGUGGUUAGGCAUGUCUCCGCAUUUACUGAAGCCUUUUGUUCAAAAUCGCGUUACGCAAAUAAACGAUCUCACCGGUAAUGCGACAUGGUUGCAUGUGAGAAGCGAAGACAACCCUAGUGAUUUAUUGUCUAGAGGCGUUGCUUUAGAUAAUUUAAUUGAUUGUAACUUAUGGUGGUUCGGACCAUCAUUUUUGCAUGACACAAAAUCGGAUUUUAUUCAUGACGAUACGAGUAAAAAUACGGCAAUCGAAGAUUUACCCGAGUUACGUUCGACCGCGGUAAGUUUAGUUUGCAAUCAGCAAGAUGAACUAUUUAAUUUCGAUAGAUGUUCGUCUUACAAUAAAUUAAUUAGAAUCGGCGCGUAUGUACUCCGCUUUAUAUUAAACUCACGCAUUAACUCUGAGCGUAAACAACUCCGCCAAACCGGUUCAUUAUCGGUGGACGAGCUGAGUGCAUCACGUCUUAUGCUAGUUAGAUUUGCACAGAUGCAAUCAUUUCCGGACGUCUACGAUAGUUUACUUAAAAAUAAACCGAUUAAGACGAAUAGUAAACAAUAUAAUCGUAUAUACGGUCUUAACGUGUUUUUAGAUGAUCGUAAUAAUUCAAAAGUGAUUAGAGUCGGUGGUAGAUUGUGUAAUUCCACAAGUUUCGAUUACAACAAAAAACAUCCCAUGUUAUUGUGCAGUAAACAUAAGUUAACGGUGUUGUUAUUCAAUUAUGAACACAAGCGGCUGCUACAUGGCGGACCGCAGCUACUCUUAUCUACUUUGCGUGAAUGUUGGUGGCCUUUAGGUGCGCGAAAUUUGGCAAGGAAGAUAGUUCGAGAAUGCGUUACCUGUAUUCGAAUGAAAGAUCCUACUGAUCUAUCCCCGCUCACGCCUGCCCAUUUCCUAAUUGGUCGGCCGUUGACCUGCCCUGCUAGCGAGGACCUGACGGACGUGCAGCCUUCCCGCCUGUCUCGCUACGCCAGGAUCGAAGCCCUACGUCAACACUUCUGGCGUCGUUGGGCCACGGAGUACGUUGCGGAGCUCCAGCGACGAACCAAGUGGAAGACGCAGAAAGACGACAUAGCGUUAAACAGUCUCGUUCUAAUCAAGGACGAUAACCUGCCUCCUCUCAAAUGGCGGUUAGGCCGAAUCACGCGUCUAUACCCUGGGAGCGAUGGCGUGAACCGUGUCGCCGACAUCCUCACAGCGACAGGAACAAUACGACGCAGCUUUUCAAAGAUCUGCCCGCUACUACCAGAGCCGGCAGACCUAGACGGAUGAAGACUACUUUGGGAGACGGUGCUCCCAAGGCCGGGGGCAUGUUCACGCACCUACUAGCGACAUCUAGCGGCGCUGCGACGACAACUGCUAUACCGCCCCUCUCCGCGCUCAUCUUGUCUCGUUCAUUCGCCUCGAUAUACGACACGAUAAACACGUUACUCGUUACAUUUAAAAUUUGAGCUGUAUAAAGCCACUUUUCGUAAUAAACGAAUUUUCUACAUAUUUAAAUAAACGUCUUCAUUGAAUGGACCCUGGAAAACCACCGAAUCC